GGCCGGCCGCGGGGCGCCUGCGCUGCCGUAGCGGUCCUGGGCCGCCCGUCCCGGCCGGGUCGCUGUCGGUGCGGGGGGCGGCGGUAGCGGCGCGGGGGCUCCGGUGGCCCCGGUCCCGAGCCCCCCACCCGCCGCUCCGCAGCCGCCUCGCCGGGACCCCGCCUCGCCCGCAGCUCCUGCCGCCCCGCCCGGGGCUCCGGCCAUGGCCAUGACAGGCCCUACGCCGUGCUCAUCCAUGAGUAACCACACCAAGGAGAGAGUCACGAUGACAAAGGUGACAUUGGAAAACUUCUACAGCAACCUCAUAGCUCAGCACGAGGAGCGAGAGAUGAGACAAAAGAAACUAGAACAAAUGAUGGAAGAAGAAGGCCUAAAGGACGAAGAGAAAAGAAUCAGGAGGUCGGCACAUGCACAGAAGGAGACGGAGUUCCUUCGCCUGAAGAGAACCAGGCUUGGGCUGGAGGACUUUGAGUCCCUCAAAGUAAUAGGCAGAGGAGCAUUUGGAGAGGUGCGCCUGGUGCAGAAGAAGGACACGGGGCACGUCUAUGCCAUGAAGAUCCUACGCAAAGCUGAUAUGCUGGAGAAGGAGCAGGUUGGCCACAUCCGUGCAGAACGGGACAUCCUGGUGGAGGCAGACAGCCUGUGGGUUGUGAAGAUGUUCUACAGUUUCCAGGACAAGCUAAACCUCUACCUGAUCAUGGAGUUCCUGCCUGGAGGUGACAUGAUGACACUGUUGAUGAAGAAGGACACUCUGACAGAGGAGGAGACUCAGUUCUACAUCGCUGAGACCGUGCUGGCCAUUGACUCCAUCCACCAGCUGGGAUUCAUCCAUCGUGACAUAAAACCAGACAACCUCCUCCUGGACAGCAAGGGCCACGUGAAACUCUCAGAUUUUGGUCUGUGUACUGGACUGAAGAAAGCCCACAGGACAGAAUUUUACAGGAACUUGAAUCACAGUCUUCCCAGUGACUUCACUUUCCAGAACAUGAAUUCCAAGAGGAAAGCAGAGACUUGGAAGAGGAAUCGCCGGCAGUUGGCUUUUUCUACGGUGGGAACUCCAGAUUACAUUGCUCCUGAGGUUUUCAUGCAGACUGGAUACAACAAGCUGUGUGACUGGUGGUCCCUGGGGGUCAUCAUGUACGAGAUGUUGAUUGGUUAUCCACCAUUCUGUUCUGAGACUCCUCAAGAGACCUAUAAGAAAGUGAUGAACUGGAAGGAGACCCUGACAUUUCCUCCAGAGGUUCCCAUCUCUGAUAAAGCAAAGGAUCUUAUUUUAAGAUUUUGCUGUGAAUGGGAGCACAGAAUUGGUGCAUCUGGUGUGGAGGAAAUAAAGAGUAACCCAUUCUUUGAAGGGGUUGAUUGGGAGCACAUCAGAGAGAGACCUGCUGCGAUUUCAAUAGAAAUUAAAAGCAUUGAUGAUACCUCAAACUUUGAUGAAUUUCCAGAAUCUGAUAUCCUUAAACCAACAGUGGCAACAAGCAACCACCCAGAGACAGACUACAAGAACAAAGACUGGGUUUUUAUCAAUUACACCUACAAGCGUUUCGAGGGCCUGACGGCCCGCGGAGCAAUUCCAUCCUACAUGAAAGGAGGGAAGUAACACAGCUUUCCCUGGGACUUCUGAGCCGUGGAAUUCUGUUGCUGUACUUUGGGGUUUAUACCCAUAAAAGACCUUGUUCUUUUUUUUAAAGAAAACUUGAGGGCUGUCAACUCUUGGAGAAUACUUCAGGACCCUGUUUUGUUACACACCUGGUUGUUAUUAAGGAUUUUUUUUUUCCCUGCGCCAUUGAAAAAUUCCACAUGUUUGCAUCAUCUCUGCUGCCAGCACCUUUUGCUGUUUCAGGAGCAAGAGUUUUUUUUAUAUUCUUUGCUAGACUGUCCAGUCCAUUGGGAGAUGAGAGCAAGCUUUCCCUUUGGCAUUGCAAAGCAUGGGAUUCUAUAGGACUGCGUCCAGUCCUGCGUGAAGUGACAAACUCACUCUGCCAAUUCUGCCAGCACUGUUUGCCCAGUAGUUGAGGACUCCAGGCCAGAGGAAACAAAGCAAUAAUUGAAGCUUGAGACAGACAACUCUCCAGGAAACUGUCUAGUGGAAGGACACAACUCAGAUUGCCUUAACCUUUGUAGUGCUGUUUUCAUAAUGCUCCCUGGAAGCCUCUUCAAUAGCAUUUCUCAGCUCUGUCACUGUGGCCCCCAGUUCUGGUGCACUUUACUUUUGGUACUAAGUGACCCUCGAGCCAUUUAAUAUUUUUUCUAAAUUAAAAAAUUGUGCAGCACUCUUUCUUUCCCAAAUAGAGGAGAAAUGGGCCAUUUCCUCCACCGAGCGCCGAGUUUUUGGUUACUGUAUGUCAGGAUGGAUCCAUAAACAAUGCAGAUAAACUACAGCUGGUCACAAAGUGGGUCUGGAAUUAGAGCAGAGGGAGGGAAUUCCAGGAACCUGAUCCUUGGGGGGCGAAAUGUGCACAGCUGGGCCAGCCCCGAGGCUCCCCAGGCCGGCUGCUGCUGUUUCUCAGCCACCUCUGAGCUCUGCUGCAUCCUCGGUGGUUUGAAGGCCAAAGCCCAGCUUCUGUGGCCUUUUUCUGUUGGUUUUGAGCAGAACAGGAUCAGAAUGUUGCUGCUGGAGCCUGCCUGGUGUUCCCUCACAGAGCUGCUCUUGGUGUACCAUCUGUAGCCAGAGUGUUCCAUGGAUGGUGCUCAUGGGGUCACUUUUGGGGCACUGGAACUCAUCAUGUCCAUUCAUUUAUUGUUGCCUACUCUAAUUGUAAAAGUACAUUCAGUUCUGAUCAGGGUCUCUCCAGGAGAGCCCCAAAGUGCCUUUCCUUGCCUAAGCCUCUCACAGAACAUGAAAGCAUUUUGGGAGGGAGGAUUCUGCCUCGGCUGAGCUUUUCCUGAUUUGUUUUUCUAACCAACAGCUCCACGUUGUGCCCGUUUGUAGUUAACUGCACUUCCAGGGGCAGGUGGCCUUAACCCUUGCGCCUGCAUGGUUCCAGUCUGGAAUUUACAAUCAGAUAUUAAAAAUACAAUUCAAUGAGUUUUCUAAAAGCCUGUCUCAAAUUGUCUUGGAUUCCUGCAAACUUCUCUUGGUGCUGUAC